AUGGCAGGGGAAAAGGCUGGCUCAAAGACCGGAAAAGCUCUCCAGAAGGUGAAGAGUGCACUGAACCUAAAGAAGCGAUUUUCGAAGAUAAACCUGCGCAACGAAGGCCAGAGCCAGAAGACCCCUACUCAGGGACGCAACGAACGAUCUCGCCAAUGCAAGUGCCUGGGAGCCAGGCCCGGUGAUCCUCCAAAUAUCGGGUUGCAGAACAUGACUAGCGAGGAGCUCAGGGAGGUCUUGAAACGAAGCCCGCUCGGCGUUGCCUCAAGGGCAAUGACAAAGGACGUUGACAUCUUGGUCCCUGAUGGCCAGGUCCAGUACGCACGCCAACUGUUGAGACAAAAUUCUGGUGGACGCUUUAACUGGGACCCUGCCUACAGCCACACCCAUAUGUGGUACGAAUUGGAUCAUCGCUGCGUGAAUAUUGACGUGGUCAGUCCUCAACAGCUCGGCCUCCCUCAGGACUUCUUACAGACACCGAAUGGUGCAAGAGUUACAUAUCAUAGACGCCGCCUGGUGCAUCCUCGCGGCAUCAUGCAGAUGAAAAGGAUCGCCCAGCAAUCCCGAGCGUCGCCUACGGACGCCGAAGAUAUAGCGUGGCUGGAGGGGCGCAUCGAGGGCUUGGAGAGAGAAAUCGCCGAACAGAGACCGACGGAUCCGGUGAGCUGGGAUGCUGCCCGGCAAGGUCCUCCCCCAUGA